AGCAAGUGCCUGAAAGAAAUGCUAUCGUGCCGCAGCAUGAUAUUUCAGGAAACUAGACAGAUAUUUUAUAUACAAUACAGACUGUAAACAUGAGAAAUAACUGACCAGAGCAGAAACGUAUCGAAACGGAGAGUCGCUGGUAUGAGUUUUGUUGGUUGCCUAUUUGACGUGCAUUGGCUCCACAUAUGAGGCUCUUCAAUGAGGUUCAGAGCGAAAACUGUAUUUCCAAGUGGCUCCAUGUGUCUCUAUCGACACCAGGUGUCCGGUCCGGUCCAAUGGAACCUCCACAGAACCUAUUGCACCCAGCAGCAAGGUCCCAAAAAUGAGCAGAAUAAAAUAACAUCUGUUAAGGAGCGCACAGCAUCUGUGUUAACAUAUGCAGGAGAGCUGGGAAGGCAGUGGGGACGAAAUGUGGUGAAAACUGCAACAGUGACCGUCAACUACUGGUGGGAGAGAUAUGAGGAGUUUGUCGGGCUUAAUGAAGUCCGAGAUGCUCAGUCCAAUGUCACAGAGGCCGAAAAGGCCUUCAUGGUCGCCAGAGGAAUCGUCAAAGAAGCUCACGCCAGCCUGGAGGCUCUCCAAGUUCGGCUUAAGGAAGUGAGGGACCGUUUGGACCGUGUGUCACGUGAAGAAGCACAUUAUUUAGAGUUAGCCACACUGGAACAUAAGUUACUGCAGGAAGAACGGCGUCUCAGAACGGCCUAUGAGAACGCAGAAGGCGGCGAGCGAGAGAAGUUUGCACUUUUCUCUGCUGCCGUGCGAGGGAGCCACGAGAAAGAGCGGACCAGGGCUGAACGGACCAAAAACUGGUCUGUUAUUGGUUCGGUGUUGGGCGCUGUCAUUGGCGUGAUGGGUUCGACUUAUAUAAACCGGGUGCGGUUGCAGGAACUCAAGAGUUUGUUGCUGGAAGCCCAGAAGGGACCGGUGAGUCUUCAGGAAGCCAUCAAGGACCAGGCCAGCAUGCACAAAACGCAACAAGACGAACUCCGCAUCCUCAUCGACUCACUCAGGAUGGCUUUGAAAGGCAGCGGAAAAGAUGUGAAAACAGUCAAACCAGCGUUUGUCUCACCAGCAGCUGACGUCGUCCCAACUUUUGCAUCCAGUGCUUCAGAAGAAGCGAUUCGAGAGAUUCUCCAGCACAGCCAAAGAGCCCAAGGGCUCAUUGAAAGCCUUAAACCACAUCUGGAACAGCUGGAGGAGAAUGUCGGGAAGGUCGAGACGGAGUUGCAGGCAGUCAAGACGACCCUUCAAUACCGUCCCACGGAGAAGCCAGUCAUUCGAACCCAAGAUGCGCAGCUUUUUGUAUGCGAUACAGAGACAGUCGUUCAGGGCCUCGGUCAAACAGAGAAAAGAUUGGAGGCGCAGAUCAACAAAACAAGUCUAUACAAUACAGUCCUGACCUGUGCUGCGUUUGCUGUGACUGUGCCAGUUCUGUACAUAUUGUUAAGAGGCACUUGAAAAGUAUGCAGACUGUGCACUUUAGGGGCCAAUUAAUACACUAGAGAAUAAUGUAACUAAAGAGUGUAAUCUAUUGUCUGAGGCUUGAUUAAAUAUUGUCAAUACUAAGUUUC